UUCUUUUCCAUUUCUUGGCUCCUUGUUUCAGUAGUCUUCACACAUAAUAAAACCCAAAAAUUGAGAGAGAGAGAAACAACAACUUUGGAUGAUUGCUUUGUGAAAAGUUGUGAUUUUUAUUGCAUUUUUCUUGGAUUCUUGAAAUGGGAUGUGAAGAUUGAGGUUCUUUAUCCCAGUUUUUUCAUCUUCCUUUGUUUUUUCAACUUCUUGAAACUAUUUUAUCUUUAUUUCUUCAAAUUAUUACUACUAUUGAAUUUAAUCAAAGUUUUGGUGAGUUUAAUAAGACUAAGUAUGAUUUUCAUCACCAACUUAGUUAAUGAUCUUGUGUGAAUUUAGUUUCUUGAAAUUCUUAGGUCUACACUCCCAUGUUUAAGUGUUUCUCUUGACAACUACGAAGGCGAAGAUGAUGCAGCACAAGAGAAGCCUGGCGUCAGUUAACCAAAGCUCGUUCGUGAACUUGAUGCCUAAAAGACUCAAGAUUGAUGCCCCUCUCUCUUCCAAAGAGAAGAAGGAGAGGGUGAGCGAACGCGUCUCUGCUCUUCAACAGCUCGUCUCGCCAUAUGGAAAGACUGAUACAGCCUCAGUACUUCUUGAUUCAAUGGAGUACAUAAGCUUCUUGCACGAACAAGUCAAGGUGUUGAGUGCUCCAUAUCUAUGUAGCACAGAGGUAUGCACAUUCUCCUUAGGCCUUUUGGAGCUCUUGAUUUUGUUCGCAUUGUGUGAUUGUUUUGGUGCGUUUUUACUGAUGCAGGGCGAGGAGGUGGGUGGCCUCAGAGCGAAGGGCUUGUGUGUCGUGCCAACGUGUUUCGUUCUUGAAGUUGGAAGCAGCAAUGGUGCUGAUAUAUGGGCUCCAAUCAAGACCAGCCCCCCUAGUGCAAGAAGGCUGGUGUCGGAUGAGGGUGCUUCGGUCGUGACUUACAGCUGAUCGCUGAGGUGAGGACGAAGUCAGGGCCCCCGGGGAUCAAGUCACGUUGAUUGGCCUAGUGGAGGCCGGGGUGGAAGGGAGUUUGGUUUGUUGUGGUUAUGGUAUAGUAGGAGAUCAUAGAGUUGAGCAAAUUAUUGUUUGUUGAUAGUGCUAUCUACAUAUUUCACAUGUAAAGACAAGUGACAAUGAAACGUAACAUAGUUGAUAAUA